CGUGACUGCGCAGGAAACCAAACUUGCUGGUGUUACCUCCGAGUGCGGAGGUAGCGCUCCGACUCUGAUGUUUACGACACCAUGACAGUCAUUAAUUUAAAAGGCAACUAAGUUUGUUCAACCGAAAACCACAUGUAAAGGCACUAAAAUGGAGAAGAAAUGCAAGUUUUCAACCCCGCCCGACACAAAUAUGUGAAUGAUUAUCCCAGAAGACAGUAACGUUAACGUAUAGACAUAACAUACCUGGAUAUACAUUGCCCUCGUAAAUAUUGAAGAUGUCAGGUGGGAACUUCUUGAACAAGGUACGGUCCGCAUUCAGGAGGGAGCGGAGCGACUGGGACCUGAGCGACACGGCGCCCUUUGACUUCUCCGACGACCUGGUGGAGGAUGAGGCCCCCAAAUUUAACAAACUGAAGGUGGUGGUCUCCGGAGAGAUGUCAGACUAUUCUGCCGGCGCUCCUUCCAACGGAGUGGCCGUGAACACGCUGGUGGUGGCGGACGAUGAUGACUCCCUGCUCGAAUCCUCUUCCAGCCUGGGCAGCCCGGGCUUAAACAUGGACCCCUGUGACAACUGCACCAAGAAGAGGGAGAAUAUCAAACACAGGAGGGUGAUGAAGAGGCUCAUUAUUGCUGCUUUGCUGUAUUUCCUUUUCAUGACGGGUGAAAUUAUAGGUGGUUAUGUGUCAAACAGCUUAGCCAUCAUGACUGAUGCUAUGCACAUACUAGCAGACGUGCUGGGCAUUUUGUUUUCACUGCUGGCCCUGUGGCUCUCCACCAAGCCACCCACCAAGAGAUUCACCUUCGGACUGCAUCGCCUCGAGGUGGUAUCUGCAGUCGUCAGUGUGGCGCUCAUCUACAUUCUGACCGCCGUUCUGCUCUACGAGGCGGUUCAGAGGACAAUACACCAAGACUUUGACAUAGAUGGGGAUGUCAUGCUCAUCACUGCAGCUGUGGGGGUGGCUGUCAACCUCAUAAUGGGUUUCUUGUUAAACCAAGGUGGACACCUCCACUCUCACGGCCACGGUCACUCCCACGGCCCCGCAGCUGCCUCGAGCUCACAGUCUGCUGGAUCCGGUCAGCGGCAGCACGGCAGCCUGGCUGUAAGAGCUGCCUUCAUCCACGCUUUGGGAGACCUCCUCCAGAGUGUCGGAGUGCUCAUUGCUGCCUACAUUGUCCGCUUCAAGCCGGAGUUUAAGUUGGCAGACCCCAUCUGCACCUACAUCUUCUCCGUUCUGGUUCUCUUCACCACAUUCCGCAUCAUACGUGACACAGUCGCCAUUGUGCUGGAGGGUGUUCCCAGGCAUCUGGACACUCUGCGAAUCAAAGAGGACCUUCUGAAGCUGGAGGAUGUCCAAUCGGUCGACGAGCUGAAUGUCUGGGCGCUGACGGCUGACAAGACUGCAGCACUAGUGCAUCUCCAGCUCACGCCCUCUAGUGCUAACAACUGGGAGGACGUCCAGGCGAAGGCCCGCCACCUGCUGCUUCACACCUACGGUCUCACCAGGUGCACAGUGCAGGUGCAGACUCACAGGCAGAGGCCUGUGCACAGUUGUGCACACUGCCAACAGCCCAGCGCCUAAAGAGAGACUCACGCUCAGUGCAUUUCAUGGAGCCAGACAGCAGAGGAUACAGGGCCUGGAUGUCCGCCUCAGUGCCAGAGCAGGAGCAGCCGUAUAUGUUUUGCAUGGAAAGAGACUGGUGCCAAAGGCCAGUCAGUGGAACAACAGCAGAUGCACAUUUCUAAUGAAAGGAUCACUACAGCCUCCAGGGACCUUGUGCUCUUAAAAACUUGCUCCUAAUUCACCAUUCAAGCCUAUUGCAACAGUUAACUUUUUUUUGUAUUUUGGCUGUUUGAUUUAUCACGACUGAUGUUUUGUCAUCAGAUGUAAAAUUCACUUUUUGUUAACUAGAUGUGAGGACUGUAUACUAAGAUUUUUUUUAUUUUACUGAGGAUGUCAGCAAAUGAAAACGUACCUCAUGUCAUUUGAUAAAAACUGUCGUCACAGUGCGUAUAAGCUGUAUUCCUUACCACUGGCAUAAGUAAGGCAAAAAACCUUUAUCAUCAUGUCCCUUUAGACAUUACAUCUCAUCAAAUGCACUUAAUGAUUAAUAUUCUUCAGCCAAAGUCUGUUGUGAGGCAGAUUUUUAAAAAGACAGCAACCUUAGAUAUUGUUAAAGCAGUUUAUAUUGGCUGUAGUGACCAACACUUAAAGUACCUACACUUUUAACACUUGACGUUUUGUUCUAGCAUUUCACGUAAUUAAUUGUGGCGAGCAGGCUACUGACAAUCAAAGUGUGAUUGACUUUGAGGAUAAAUGCCGACUUCAGUAUGAUUUCAGCCUUACACUCUAUACUGAGCUAAUUUCGUAUGAACUGGCAGUAUGAUAAUGCAGACGGGUUUGAGAAAUCUACAGUAUUUCACAGUUGCUGUGAUUUUUCAGGUACAGAGGGAUGAGUUGAAAUUUGCCAAUAAUAGUGUUAAUAGUGUUUUCUCUUCAAGUGUUGAGAGCUUGUGGGGGUGUUUAUGGUAAACCUGUUCACAUCUCUGAUAUUAAUCAUGAGGAAAAAUCAGGAACUGGAUCACUGUUUUUGUUUAUAAUAAAGUAUUUAAUCCUU